AUGGAAGUGUCGGUUGAAGCCGGCGAGGCCCACGUGCCUCCCUCCUCAGACGAGGACAGAGAGACUUACAAACCUACCAGGACGAGCAGCGAAGGGGGACAAAAGUUCAGACCGAUCAGUGCUCCGAGAUGUUACGGCAACCUCCGAUCGAAGACAAACCAAACCCACGACAGAGGGCUGAGUCAGCACGAUGUGCUCACGAUAGACAAGCAGUACUACGCCAAGGUGAAGACCUUCCAGCAUCGACCGACGAGCGCUCCCAACAUUCGGGAGGGAGAAGAGGCGGAUGAUGAGGAGGGCUCGAGGAAGUUGCCCUACAUCGAUGAUUGGGACGAUGACGACGAGGGCACCGAAGAAAACAUUCUGAACGACAAGCAGGACUUCCUGUUCAGCCCUCAGAACACAGAGGAGCACGAGUCUCAGAAGGGACAGCACCUCAACCUAUCAAACUCCAUCGGAGUUAAGCGUGACGGAGCGUUCCACAGGUCCGCGUCAGGGAAGCAUCGCAAGAGCAGGAGGAAAUUGCCACAGCAUUCUCCCACCUUCGAGUCCAACGGGGCCCUCCGCUUCAUACGAACCCCCGUCAACUCAGCCCCUCCCACUCGCAUCUACUCACCUCUGUACGGAGAGAGGAGUGAAUUCAACUCCUUCAGACCGAUCUGGGCUCUUAGCAAGCCAUCUGAGGAGCAGUCCCUGUCGAGCUCCUUGAGGCAUGUAGAGAGAGAGAGACCUAAGAUUCCAAGGAGAAGCUCCUCUGCUACCUUGAUCCGCACCAUCGCUGCCGAUCCCAGCAGGCCCAGAUCGAGUUUGGCUCCCGUCCCACUACUGGUGGUCAAGAACCCGCUGGCUACGAAGCUGGGGAAGAACACAGGAGACCUGGAGGAGAUAGGAGGGAGCUUCGAGCCCUUGAAGAGCCAGAGCUCGCUGCCCGAUUACGACGCUCUCCACGACCCUCACCUGAGGAGGUUCUGGAGCAGGCAGGACCUGCAGCAUGUGCUGAAGCUCAAGGGGAUGAUCCGAGACGAGUAUGCCCCGGACACCGGCCUGUUUGAGUCAGCCAUGGCCAAGGAGCUGGCGGAUCUGUCGGCGCAGCGCGACAUCCGGGAUAUGAUGAUGGAGCAAACGGCAGCGAUGAAGCGGCAGAGGAGCCAGAGGAGGGUCUCUCAGUCCGCAGCGAGGAAGCUGACUCUAGAGGUAUGCGAGGACGCGCACGAGAACGUUGAGGCAAAGAUACAUAUCUCCAAGGAGCAGCCGGUGAUCUCAGCAUGGCUGAGUUGGGGGAAGAGCCAGGGGGACUCGGCGCCAGAUCUGGAUCUAUCCUGCAUCUGCUUCGAUGACAAGGGGCGCGUGCUUGAAAUCAUCUUCUACAGGUCCCUGGUCGGGAAGAACGAGGCCCUGGUGCACCUGGGGGACGACUUCGACCGGGCACAAGAUGCUGCAGUCAGCUCAGACGGGGUGCUGCUUGACCAUGCUGCAGACGUGCGGAGGGAGGAGACGAUACUGGUGGAGCUGCCUCGGAUCAUGCAGUCGGUGGUUGCCAUCGCGUUCGUGGUCACUUGCUUCAGCGACGAGGGCGGGCUAGCCGAUGCCGUCGGAGCGGAGCUGAUCCUGUGCUCAGGGUCCAGCCGAUCCAACCCUGAGGACGAGCUCGUCCGCCACUACCUGUCGAGCGAGCGGUACAACGCGGCGCUGACGUCGAUGGUGGUCAGGGACCGCUCCUCUCCGAGCAACUGGAGCAUUCGGACGAUCACGAGGGUCGCCAUGGCGAACGUGGCGGUGGAGAUGGUGCAGAUGGUUCAGUCUCUGCUGCGGAACAGAGAGAUCUGCUCGCCCUACACGGUCCUGAUUGAAUACUGCACGGCAACUCGGCCCACCUCCUCGCUGCGGGGGAAGAAGUCAGAGUUCACCAAGGCCUACAAAGCAGUAGUGAAGGCCAUCAGCCAUGCCUUCCCCUUCGUCAGGGUCGUCGGGAACCCCCAGGGCCUCGUGGAGAAGCCUCGGAUCGGCUCCUUCGAAGUCACGCUGCUCGACGGCAGCCGGGUAGUGAAGCUCAUCUGGUCCAAGUUGAUGCUCGGCCGGUGGCCCCAGAAGAUGGACACGAUCCUGAGGCGGGUGGCGUCGGCCGUCAAGCAGGGCAGCACCGCAGCCCCCGUGCCGGACGAGAGGUCGGAGGUCGAGAUCCGAAUGGUCAACGCGUCAACCCGCGAGCGCCUGCCAUGGGCGACGGUGGAGGUCCGAGCGCUGGGGAUUGCGGCGCAGAAGCUGCAGAUGCUGAACGGGGUGAAGAAGAAGGAGAAGCCGCGAGGUUGGAUGGCAGACAAGAAGGGUCAGGAGGAGGCGCCGGCACGUUGCCAGUACCGCGUGCAAGCCGAUGAGGAUGGGAAGCUGAGGAUUCGGAUCCCUGGUGGAAGGUACGAACUGUGGGGCAUUUGUGCAGGAUAUGAUUGUGAAUAUCCGUUGGAGCUGCUUGUCAAACCUUUCUCGAAGACGAAGAUGAAGGUGACAUUGGCGCUGGCGUUGGAGAAGAGAAACCCAGUUUGA